AUGGGUGCCAGUCUUACUGGAAAAUAUCCAGAUCCUGAAUUUUCCAAACGUCUGUUUGUCUUAUCUAAUGGAUUAGCUAAUGUUGGAUUAAGAACAAACGAAGAAAUCAUGAAGGCUGUUGCAGAAUAUAACGAAAAAGGAAUUAUAAUUGAUCCAUUCGGUAUUGGAGAAGAUUUUGUUGCAGCAAUUAUGAAAGGAAUGCAAAGAGAAUAUCUAAGACAUUAUUGGUUAAUAUGGACUACAAAAACAUACGAAUGUCAACAAGAUUUUCCUCGAGCAAAUCAAAGAGAAUCCCAAGAAAAUAUUUUAAAUAUUUUAAACAUGCUUCGAGCAGCUGAUGAUAAUCAACUUGAGCCACUUGAUACUAAUCUUCAAUUUUCAUCUUUAUUAAAAGAAUUUCCUUUUUAUGAAUUUGAUCAGAAUUUAUAUAAAAAUAAUAGGUCGCAAUUAAUAGAAUCCAUUGAUAAGUUUAAUGAACAUAGCUAUCCAAUAAAUUUAUUUGAGAUUUUUCAAAUAUCUUCAAAUUCGUUAUUUUUUAAUGAAAACGAAACAGAGAUUUUUUCAAAUCUAUUAGCUAAUUUCGAGCAGUUAGAUACUAUUAAUGACUUUCCUUUUGUUUUUCAACAUAAUUUAAAUUUAAUAAAUAUUGAAAAAGAUCAAUUUAAUAGUCUAAUAGAACAAACAGUGAAAAUAGAAGAAAUACUUAUUCAAUAUCCUUGA